GCCUCUAUACUGUACCUAGAGGAAUGCGCGAGCAGGUUUAUUGCUAAAAACAAGGUACUCGCUUUACGAAUGAAUACGCAUUGUGUACUGUCCAUGAUCUUGUUAAGCCUUCUGCUGUUUGUGGCUUUCCGUACCCGGAAGCAUGCAUAGAGCGCGUGCUAAAAGUAAAUGGAAUCUGAUGUUAUGGAUCGGUGUUACGGUUAGUUGCGUGUUUAUAUUCUGUGAAUAUGUUGUCUACUUCCCCGUUAUUCUGCGAUGCUCGUGGCCUGAGAUAGCGGAGAAACGGGACCCUCUUCGCGUCCUCUUUUUAUCUGAUCCUCAUUUGCUCGGAGCCAUCAGGGGACACUGGUUCGACAAACUGAGGAGGGAGUGGCAGAUGGAGAGAUCUUUUCAGACAGCACUGUUUCUGCUCAGGCCAGAGAUGAUCUUUAUUCUAGGAGAUGUUUUCGAUGAAGGCAAAUGGAGCUCCCCUAAGGACUGGGGAGAUGAUGUUAAGCGCUUCAAACAGAUCUUCAAUCACUCAAGCGAUACAGAACUUGUGGUCCUUAUUGGCAACCAUGACAUUGGAUUUCAUCACGAAAUGACCUCCUAUAAACUUGAGCGUUUUGAGAAAGUUUUCAAUGUAACAUCAGCAAAGAUACUCACCAAGAGAGGAAUAAACUUCUUAUUGGUGAACAGUGUGGCCCUACAUGGAGAUCACUGUCCCAUCUGUCAGGGUGUGGAGGAAAAACUUUACAGUUUAGCACAGCAACUUAACUGCUCCACACAGUCUGAUGUGAUGAAGCAUCUUUGCAGGGACAUACAAUCAUAUCCAUCAACGGCUCCCAUUAUACUUCAGCACUACCCUCUGUAUCGUACCAGUGAUGCUCAGUGUACAGGUAAAGAUGCAGCACCACUCAACGAACGCUAUCAGCACUUUCAGGAACGCUAUGAUGUUCUCUCUCAGGAUGCCUCAAAAAAGCUACUGCGGUGGUUCCAGCCUCGCCUAAUUCUAAGUGGCCACACUCACAGCAGCUGUGAGGUUUUCCAUGAGAAUCGUUUCCCAGAGAUUAGCGUUCCAUCUUUUAGCUGGAGGAACCGCAACAACCCCAGCUUCAUCCUGGGCACCUUUUCCCCAUCUGAUUUUGCGCUGUCCAAGUGUUUCCUGCCAGAGGAGAGCAGUAUUAUAGCAGUAUACUGCACCGCUGUGGUUGUGAUUGUGCUGAUCACACUUGGGCAUCUGCGUCUUUUCCAAGGAGCACUGCAUGCAGCAAACAGCAUUCUGGACAAGGAAAAAUCUUUGUGAAACACACCCUAUAUAUGUACAUGAUCUGUAAUACUUUGUCUGUACAAUUAUAUGUGCACAGACCAUUUUACAAGUUUUAAUUACAUGCUCCAUGAUUUCCAUGUUUUCAGGAAAGUGAGUGCUAAGACACAAUUUUAGAUACUGCUAAUCUAGUAUGUUACAUUUAUAAUUUUAUUUAAACAUGCAUUUUUAUGAUACUUUGAAGAAUGCUGUCCACCUAUGUUUAAAUGUUAUUGUAUUGUAUUGAUAUUUUUUAUUAAUUUGUCUACUUACUGGUCCACAUUUGAAAUUACAUUCCUAAUUACAGGCCAAACUGUUUGCUUGUUAUUUUAAAUAAAGAAGUGCUUUCUGCUUUUUACUGAA